ACGCACUUAUGGAUUGACGAUGCUCCGCCACUUGUCGCUCUCGGCGUACCUCUGGACGUUCGGCGCGUACCUCGUCGUCUGGGUCGCCUUGAGCAUCUCGAUCCUGCACAUGCUUGAGGUCGACUACAGCAGCAGCUUCUUCGCGCCCAAGACGCCGGCGCCCAAGAUGCGGCCCUACCACGAGCGCCGCAACAUCUCGGUCGACGACGCCUUCCUCGAGCUCUACAACUUUAGCAACUGCUACCGCCAGGUUGACUAUGGUAUCGUCGAUGCGAUCCAAGCCAAGGAGCUCUGCGGCCGCGACGAUGGUACGUCCAUUACGCACCUGCCAGGCGACGGGCUCUGGACCGACGGCUCCGUGUGGCGCAACUUUGGUCUCGACAUGCGCGAUGCCACCGCCAUGGCGCUGGUCAAGAACCCAAUCGAAGACGACGACGGGUACGACCCGCGCUACAAGGCGCAGUCCAGCCGCGUCAUGUGCAACGACUGCCUGCUCCAGGAUGUCUCCUCGUUGCUCGCCCACGUGUUUCCGCAGCAUGUAAACGAGUCGGCGCCCGAGUGGCGCUGCGAACGCGGCGACUACGACACGCAGAUCGAGGAGCGCGCGAUCGUCGUCGCGCGCAAAAAUGCCAUGAGCCCGUACUACCUUCUCUCGGCGGCCAUCAACGCCUGGGUCAUUGCGACUCAGCAACUGCAGUGGUCGCCGUCGACGACGCGCGUCGUCUUCCUCGACAAUGCUGAGCGCAUGGAGUACGACAGCAUCUUCCAGAAGCUUCUGAGCCCGGCCCACGACGUAGUCUACGGCAAAGACCUUGUCGGGAAGCGCGUCGGCUUUCUUAAGGAUGCGCUCUUCGUGCCCUUUGAGCACUUUGGUCCGCUCACGCAGCAUCUGGACGACGACCAGCCGUGUUUUGAGAGCUACCUCCUCCAGGACUUUCGCGACGCUGUCUUUGACGCGUUCAAGGUGCCACGCAUCGCGCACAACCCCGUGCACGACGCGACGAGGCCUUGUGUGGUGACGAUCGUGUCGCGGCGCCCCAUACGUGGCCGCGACGUCAACCGCAUGUGGGCCAACGAGGACGACGUGCUGCGGGCGAUGCAGGACAAGUACGGGCGCCACUGCCGGUUCCAGGCCGUGGACUUUGCGACCAAGUCGAUGGCCGACCAGAUCGCGCUCAUCGCGGAAAGCCGCGUCAUCAUCGGGAUGCACGGCGCGGGCCUCGCCAACGUGCUCUUUGCGGCCGCACACGCGUACGUGAUUGAGAUCUUCCCGCUCCUGACCGAGAAGUUUGGGUACCGGAAUUUGUGCCAGUACCUCGGCCUCGAGUACGUUGCGGUGCGCGACGGCUUCGACACGAUCUGGCCGACGCAGCACAAGACGAUCGCCCUCGACGAGUGGUUCCGGACCUUCGACUUGGUCAUGGACGUUGUGCUGCACGCGCAGACCAAGACCGCGUACGAGCAGCGCAAGGCGAUCCAGCGCAAGAUUCACCGCCAGCACAUCCUCGACGUCGAGUUUCCGGACCUCUAAAAGACCUCGAAUAAAAGACGUGCUAUUGGG